AUGAGAGGCGCGGCUGUGACGUGCGGCUCGACCGCAAACGGUCAGGCAGGUACCGGUGCAGUCGAGGUAAGUGGCAGCUUGUGGGAGAGCAGCAGUGCAGGCUCGGCUGCCGAUCGCGGGACCAGGGCUGCGGCGACGCGAGGUGCCAUCCGCGCGAAGGCGCCCUCGAGCCGCGAGAAGCUGGCGUGGAAGGCCACGUUCAUCGACCUGCGCGACGACGAGCGCCAGGGCUCACUCAGUCCUCGUCCUUCCAGCGAGCCCUGCAGCGAGUCUUCUUCUAGAUUCCUCGGCCUUCUAGCGAGCCCUGCAGCGAGUCUUCUUCUAGCUGUAGCGCGUUCUUCCAAGCCGAGAAGAGAAACACCGCUAUGCUUGCGAAGCACAUGGAAGAGGCAUGGGCAUCGAACAGCCGGGAGACGAUGA